AUGACGCAUACUUUUCUUCUAUUAUGUAUACUGUACCCUCAAAUCGUUACAACGAAAUCAAAUCCUCUUAUAGUCAACGAAGGAAAAUUACGAUUUAGCCAGAAAUUAAACUACCUUUCAACAACCGCUAAACCAGAAAGUCAGUAUCAAUCAAUUAAUCAAUAUAGAGGUGUUCAAACGGAAAGACCACCAAGUCAUUUCACCCAAAAUUUGGCCUCUGCUUCUCAACAGCUUCAACAACUUCAUCCACAAUCACAACAACAAAUACUUGAAUUAAUUCAGAAAGUGCUCUAUAACACGCAGCAAAGUAAUCAGCCCACUGCGAUGAUUAUUAUAGCUCAACCUGCAUACGCUCCCGUUAAUCCCGUUUAUGGUAAUCCUGCGCAACAAUUAUUCAACUACUUCCAGGGAAAUCCUCAAGCAAGGUAUCAAUUCGUUAACGGAGCAGUUCAAGCCCAACCGUCUCAACAAUACUUCCCUCAACCUUCACAACAUAUCCAAUCAGAAGCUUCUUACUCUACAUCCCAACCCCAAUACCAAACCAAAAUUCAUCCUUAUUCAUCUCAAACUACACACAUGUCACCGGUACAACCUUCCCAAACUUACAAUCAACAAUUUCCUCAACAUGUACCCCAAAGUAAUCAAAUAUCGCAGCUAACAGCACAACCGUACUAUUCUCAAUACCAAGUAGAAGCUAGGGAAAACCACGCAAAUUAUCCAGCUUUACCACCGAUAAUUACCGGCUUCGAAAAUUUUUCGCCUGAACAGCAGGAAAAGAUCAAAGCUCAAUUAAGCGCUCAUUUCGGCGCACCUCUACGACCUUUAACCGUAGGUCAAAAAGAAACUGAAAGUGGUAGCAAGUAUCAGUUAAACACCAACGAGUUUGUACCAAGUCCGCAAGUGAAAAGUAUGAAAAGUUCUAGUAAUAUUAUGGAUAUGUCCAAAAAGGAAUAUACUAAAAUGUAAAUAUCAAAGAGGCACGAAAAGUUACCUUUAUAUAUCGUUUUAUAAGAUUCAAAUGGACGAUGGUUAAACUCUGCAUUUAUAUUUCAACAAACUAUCCACAUAUUUCAAUUGUUUCAUAGUACUAUUGCUCCCAGUAUCAAUUAACAAUUUUGAUUCAUUCUUACCAUAAUUAUAAUCACUACUGACCCAAUCAAAUGCAAAAAUUAUUUUAAAUAAAAUUUUAUAAUCUUUUAAGUACACAAGUGUCGUAAAAUGGACUUGUCUGGUUUUGUAAGGUAUGAGCGACUUGGAAGGUACAAGUAAGGGUGAAAUGGCAGAUGCUAGUGCCACGUGGCUUCCAUGUACUUUGGUCAGAUCAGCGCAAGGAACUCGACAGACACCCAAGAAAGUUUAAAUUAUUUUAUUAUGAAGAACUAUUUCUUGAGCUGGCCGAAAAACGCAGACUUCAAGCUACAAAUUUAUAUACAAGUUAAGUGGAGGUGCAGUAGGUGUCCAUAAAUUUACGUUGAAAGCUUGAAUAAAUUGAGAUGCAGCGGAAAAUCUACUACUAGUGUGGGCAGUAACUAGGGUUGUCAUAUCUAAAAUUAGAUUAUCAGAAAAGCCUCAGAAUUUGAAGCACAAAACACGAAUAUAUCAACAGAGAAAAUUCGGGUAGAUGGUAACCCAUAAUUUGCUCAGGAUGCUGUUUCUGAAAGCGUUUACUUCUGUGGCUACUGCUGCCCAAGCUUCCUCGGUAACAUAUUUUGGAGAAAAUCUAUUGAUUUUUCGUCGCUCGGCAACCAGAAGUAGCUUUGAUGUAUCUUUGCUUGGGUAUUGAUGGAUACAAGGUAUACAUGAACUAUAACAAUGUCCUAGAAGUGCAACAAGCGACGUCUGUGCCACGUUUUCGCCCGACGCCCAAUCAGUGUGCAUUGAAUCUUGUGGAUUCUUCAAAAUUUUUAGCUUUAAAGUAAAUCCGCACUUCUCAGAAUUUUAUAAAUUAAUAACACCGUCUUCACAUUUAGAAGAAUAAACAGAUUGAAUUUGAAUGAAAACCUCUAAAGAGGUGGUUAUCUAAAUAAUACUAAACAUAGCUUUUGUAUCAAGGAACCUUUUGGCGAAACAGAAAGUAUCAUUAAAAGUGAUAUCACACACGUGAUAGAUAAUAGAUUUCAUCUGAAACAACUGAGAAUAAGUACUCAAUUGCGUAAUUGAUUUAAUUAUAGCCUUGAACAUUUUUUAAUAGUCACGGGUGGUCUCGAAAUUUAAUUUACUCACAUCGGUGAAAACAAAAUUAUGGAUUUGUGCUACAAUUCCACAACCGGUUUAUAAUUUUAUGAAAAGUAACUAUUUGAACUUUAAUUGGAAGAUACGAGACACACAUUACAGAGGAUAUACAGGGUGCGCCAGAGAAACAUACUUAUUUGAAAGGUCAAUGAAAACAAAAGUACUUCAGAUAUUGUUUUAAAUAUUUUUUUAUGUGAAAAUUCAAGGUCCCAAGUUUUUUUUCAUUCAGUGCUGAAAAUGACAUUUGUUAAAUGGCGACCUCCAUUGUGUAUACAUUGAUUUAGGGGAUUUCGGAAGUUCGUCUCCACUCUUCGCAGCAUAUCAAUGGGUAUGUUGGCAAUGGCAUCACGAAUGUUGUUCUACAAGUGAGCAAUGGUCCGUGGUCGAUCGUCAUAAACCAGGGAUAAUAACCCCAUAAAUAAAAAUUGCAUGGAGCCAAAUCUGGAGAGCGUGCGGGCCAUGGGAGAUCACCUCUGAGAGACAUAAGGCGACCGGGAAAAUGUUGUCGCAACAAAUCCAUUAGGCCUCGUGCCAUCUUGCAGAAACCACACGUUCCUAACGUUCAUUUGUUAAAGAUUUGGAAGAAAAAAUUCCUCGAUCAUGUUACUGUAACGAGCUGCAUUUACGGUAACUGCAUAUUCGUUUUUUUUUCAAAAAAAUAAGGACCAAUUAGUCCCAUUACCAUAUCGCACACCAGACAGUAACUCGUUCGCAAUGAAGUCGCUUCUUGUGAAGUUCACGCGGAUUUUCACCAUUCCAAUAACGCAUGUUUUGUUUGUUGACGCUGCCCUAAAUAUGAAAGUGAGCCUGGUCACUAAAAAAAGGACCGCAUCGUGAGGAAGGUUGUCAAGCAGCAAUUCACAUGCGUUUUGACGGGCUACAAAAUCGCGUUCAGUCAAUUUUUGCAAAACAGCCAAUUUAAAGGGAUGAAAAUGAAUGUCUUCAUGGAGAAUUCGCCGAACAGUGGUGUCAGAAAGUCCCAGAGCAGCUGCAUGUUUGCGAGCGAACCGCCGAGGAUAACGCAUAAUUUACUGCCUCGCUCUUUCGACACUUUGCGGAGUUCUGUUGGUGGUCCAGGUCUGGCGACACUUCCGCUCUCCCGAAAUGAGGUAACCCACGACAGAAUCGAAUUACGGCCAGGAACAAGUCUGUGAGGAGGAAUUUUAAAACGAAUACGGAAGGCACGUUGCUCUCGACCAGAGCACGAUGGCAACUGACUAGAGGGGGGACAAACUUGGGGACUUCCCCAUCCGGAUGCGCUCCGUCGCACUCCUCUUCUCCUCCAACUCACCGCUCGGGAGUUUUUUCAAAUAAGUAAGUUUCUCUGGCGCACUCUGUACAUUGAAUUUUUAUCUUAUCAAAUUUAAUAGCGCAUAGUUUUAAUCCAAUGAAACAUAUUGGGCUGUGGGUGUGGUUUCUCUCAAAUUUUUAUUAUUAAAAUCAGACGACAAAAGAGUUGAUGAAGUUGAGUGCUGUACCAACAUGCUUUUAUGACAAUAUAUUUGAAAAAUAAGAUGAUAUAAAAUAAUAUAUAUAUUUUUUACAAUGGUAUGUUAUUUGUAAAUACGUUUGUUAAGUUUAUGUUUAUAUAUUUUUUAUACUAAUUUAUUUAUUGUUUUCAUAAUUAAUAAAAGUAUUGAAAUUAUAAAA